UAACAAUAACAACAACAACAACAAGAACACCACCAGAUCUUCUUAGUUUAUCUCUCUAAAAGGCUAUAUGUCUCUGCCCAUGUUCCUUUCUUUCAUGAUUCGUUUAUAUCUCCAAUUCCUUUGAAGCUUCUUCUGCUUCUCUUUCUAGUUUCCUCUGCUUCUCCUUUUUCCUUUUCAUUUUCAAGGAAUGAGAAAACAAAGAUCUCAAGUUCAAUUCCAUUUCAUUCACUGAAUUCUGAUAAAACAAUUGAUGUUCAUUGCUUUGAUUGAUGAUGGAAGGAGGAACCUUCUCAGGGUUUGGCAAUGGCAGCCAAGUUGAUAACAGAGUCAUGCAGAGCUUCCAGAAUAGUUUUGUUCAGGUUCAGAGUAUUUUAGAUCAGAAUAGACUGCUCAUCAACGAGAUCAAUCAGAACCAUGAGUCUCGAAUUCCCGACAAUCUUAAUCGAAAUGUUGGGCUGAUCAGAGAGCUCAAUAACAAUAUCCGGAGAGUUGUUAAUCUUUAUGCCGAUCUUUCCAGCUCGUUUACCAAGUCCGUCGAAGCCUCGUCGGAGGGCGAAUCCAUCGCCACCCGGAGAUCUGAUGGCAAGCAUGGGCAGAAGAGAAUUCGACCUGAGUAAUCAAUGGAUCAAGAUGUUGAGGUAUAAUAAUAAUGAUACACAUAGGUGACUCUUUUCUUAACUUGUUUUACCUGUUUUAUUACUUUUAGCAUUAGCAUCAGGCUUAUUUCUGUUGAAGUAUUGGAUGGAUUGGAGGAUUAACAUUGUGAGAUGUCUUUGUCAAUGAAUCAAUCAUCAACGUGUUUAGUCUCUGUA